AGUGGAUUGAAUUAGUCAGAAGAACCCAACAGACACUACGGCAAUAUCUACUGUCUGUCUGACCGCCGCGUGCAUUCUCAAUCAUCCCUGCGCGCGCUCCGGGUAAACACCGUCGCCGCCAAUUCUUGUCUCGCAAACCCCUCCCUUACCAGCUCGAGCUCAGUCACAUUCCUUUCAUUUUCUAUACUGAGCAGCAACAAGCAAUUGCAACAAUGUGAAUUUCAACUGCGGACAUUCGAACAUUUUUGACGAUGAUAGGAAACAACUGCAGAAGGAAGAUUGGGUUGGAACGAUCCGUUUAGAAUGUCAACGUAUGGAAUUGAGAGGGGUUGUUUUUAUUGCAGGUGUGAUUAUAGCAUGAGUUCAACUGGUGGCAGGACCUGCUAGGCCUGAACAGGCCGUGAGUGUGUUGGGGGAGGCUCAUCAGUCUCCAGUAUGGAGUGUUUGGUAUGAGCCGUGGCCGGUCUGUUGGUCCUUGGGCCAGUCCAGUGGUGUGGUGUCCCUGUCCCUUGGCGGGAUGCUGAGGGCUGGUGGUCCCCACCAGUAUGACUCCCCUGGACCUGUGGCUGUCCCGCUCCAUCCCCAUGUGCCUGCUCCUCCAGAGCCUGGUCCUCAUGGCCCUGUGCUUCCCCUCUGCCUCCAUGUGUCCCAAGGGCUGCGUCUGCCAGCGGGCCCGACCCGACCCGGGCCUCCACCUCGGCCCGGGGCCUCUGGGGCUCUUCCUUGGCCUCAAUGUCACCUGCACCGGGUCCCGGCUCAAAGAGAUCCCCCCGGACCUGCCUCCAGACACCGCCGUGCUCCGCCUCGACCACAACCAGAUCAUGGCCGUCCCCGACCACGCCUUCCGGGGCCUGAGGCUGCUGCGGGAGCUCAAUCUGUCCCACAACGCUGUGGAGACGCUGGGGGAGGGUGCCUUCAGUGGCGUGGAGGCCACACUGCAGGUCCUCGACCUCUCACACAACCGCAUCACUAGCGUGCACAAGGAUGCGUUCGCCCGGCUCAAAGCGCGGGUCCUGGUGGAUGACAACCCCUGGCACUGUGACUGCACCCUGCAGCAGGCACUGGGCGGCAUGGCCCACAACCACGAAGCGGCUGCACGCGUCCUUUGCCGGAGCUCCGAGCUCCAGGAGCAGGAGGGACGCCAUUUCCUGGCAGUGGACACAGACCUGUGUAACCUGGCCAAGAGGACCACGGACUACGCCAUGCUGGUGACGAUGUUCGGCUGGUUCGCCAUGGUCAUCUCCUACGUGGUGUAUUAUGUACGGCAGAACCAGGAGGAUGCCCGGCGACACUUGGAGUACCUCAAGUCGCUGCCCAGCAAGCCUGUGAAGCCAAACGAGGUGGAGGACAUCAGUACUGUGGCGUAACAUGACAUCAUCACUACUGGACACUAUCAGACAUCAGUACUCCAGUGUGAUCCCUGUAGUGAGAAAUGACAUCACUAUAGUGAAAACUGACUGUAUACGAUAGAAUUAGAUUGCCUAAUUAGUUCUAGAAUUAGAAUGACUAAUUGAUUCUAAUUCUAUGCAUGACCAGCAGAAGUUCAGAACUAAACCCGGAGAUAUAGGACCCACAUUUCUAGUGUUUACAACUGAUUCCAAACUUCAAGAUGGAUGUAACGUCUUCUGUUGUGAAAAUGUUUUUUUGAUGUACUCAAAAGAAAUCAUGAUAGAUUAAACCUGAUUCCUUGCAUUUGAAGCUUCACACCCAAUAUGUGUUAAUUACAAAGGUAAACACUGAGAAAGCCCAAUUUUUAAAGAGGAGAAAUGCUUAAACAUUAGUGUUUGUUAGUAGACGCCAAUCUAAAGUCAAGCAUUUUUGAAUGCACAGUAUACAUGUGCAUAGACAACAGCAGUUAGUUCAGAUCACAGUAACAGAAGGGUAUAGUCUAUGGGGGUACCACAGAUGGCUUCAUUGAGAUCUGUUCUGAGAUGGUUUUGAAAAUCUGAAUCUCAGGUUUACAUUUUGAUAAGUUGAUAAGUCUUUUUUAGAGCAAAAUCUGGAGAAAUGGUUUGUUGGACAACAUUUUUGUAAGGUAAUGAUAACAGGCCUUUGAUCUAGAGAGUGUUCUGUGCUUUGUUUAAUUUGAACAAAUAACGGGCCCCAAACAUCAAUCAUGAAACGUACCUUUAAUUUCCUUAUGUGAAAUAUUGGAAUCAAUGAUUUCUUAAAAUGAUCAUGACAUCACCAAUGUUGAAAAACUACUGUAAAAAGACUAAACAUUUCUUCCUUCAUUUUUGUCAAGUCCCUGUACUGUAUGUUCUUGUUGUCUUGAAAUGACAAAGUUGAUCCAUUGCAACUUAGUAGAUUUGUGAUGGUCAGAUAACGUAGCACAAUGGUUUUGGGUAGAUAUCAAAUCAAAUGACCCCCAAAAGAGUCAGUAGAUUCAAGUGAUUUCGUAUGUGUGUCAUGUGAUUUACCGGUACCCUAGUAGUGUCCAAGUUCUCAAGUCCUGAGUCCGAACAAGCGUUUUGUGUUACAUGUUAACACAACAUAUACACAACAACACCCAAAAACAAUACUGUGCAUUUGGUUUUUCCACAAAACCCAUUUGCUAUGAUUUUUAAUGACUCAGUCUAUGCUUCCUGAAAUAGAAUAAAUAUUCAUAUUCAUAGAAA